GUAUGAAGUCCCAGCUGUUUGGGUCCCAGUCCUACACUGGGUGUCCCCUCUUGGUUCUCGCCCCCUUCCUCCCUCAGGGGUCCUAAUGGGACCUCCUCCAACGCAUCAUCAUCUAUCACAGACCCAAACCAGCAGCAUUCCGCUGGACUCGUCCUCUCAGAGACCUGAAACACAUCCUGGGGGAUUGUCCCAUGUUUUUUUUCCCACAUAGUCGUCUUCAUGACAAUUGACGUGUAGAUUGUCGUCUGAUUUGGGACACGCUUGAUGACACACUGUGUGUGUGUGUGUGUGUGUGUGUGUUUGUUAGUACAUGCAGAGACACUCUUGUUGUGUCCAGAUGAGAGAGUGGACAGACUUGGACAUGAACUUCUCAGCGGGAGGUUUUCUCUCCUCCUCGGACUCUUACUGCUCCACGGAGCCCAUCCAGUUUUACGACAUGUUGGCUGACCCCCUAGCCUGCCCCCUGCCGGAGCCCGACCUCCAGCUGCUCCCCUACAGCCCUCAACAGUACAACCCUGCCAAUCUGUCCUUCCCCCUCUACGGCUCCCCGUCCUCCUCCACGUCCUCGUCCUCCUCUCAGCCCUGCCACGCUCCAUAUAAUUUCGACUUUCUGGAGGGACCAUGUGAGCCCGUCCCACCCGAGCCCCACUGCGGAGGCCUGCCGCAGGGCUUCGGACUGACCGGUCUGCCUGUGGUACGGAGGUCACGAGUGGGGUCGGGCAGCAGGAUCCGAGGUCAGGACGAGCUGUGCGUGGUGUGUGGCGAUAAAGCAUCAGGGUAUCACUACAACGCCCUCACCUGUGAGGGAUGCAAAGGUUUCUUCAGACGUAGCGUGACGAAGAAGGCCGUGUAUCACUGCAAGAGUGGUGGCGGCUGCGAGAUGGACAUGUACAUGCGCAGGAAAUGUCAAGACUGUCGCCUCAGGAAGUGUCGCGCUGUUGGAAUGCUGGCUGAGUGCCUUCUGACAGAGGUCCAGUGUCAGUCCAAACGACUGAGGAAAGGAGGAAGAGGAAGAAGACAAGAGGAGGAGGGUGCAAACAGUCGUCAGGUCAGCUCCACCAGCAGACUACCUGGCGGACAGGUAGCUGGUGCCACUUUAAGCCGAGAACAGAAGCACCUUGUGGACAAGAUGGUGGCGGCCCAUCGAGAGUGUCCGGCUCUGGAUGGCAACCACUGCAGGGCGAUGCAGCUCUUUGAUUGGCCGUGUGCAAAGGAAGGGGAGGGGCUUCCUGAGGUUGCAUCACCAAUUCUGCAGUUUGCCAGGACAGUGCCAGGUUUUGACCUGCUGGAUGUGUCAGACCAAUGCUCCCUCUUGUCAGCGUCUUCACUGGACCUCAUGUUCCUGUUCUCAGCACAGAACUUCUGCAGUAACCAGCCAACAAGGAGCAGUCCAGCACUGCAGCAUUUCGGCACAACGGCAACAACACACAAUUGGCUGAGGCAUGUCUGCUCAAAGGACAUUUCGUCAGGAAGCAGCGAGGAUCUCCUGAACCCCGUGCUUAACUUCUGCCACAGCAUGGCGGCGCUGCAGGUGAGCGAGGCUGAAUACGCCCUGCUUGGUGCCACUGCUCUGCUUUGCUCAGACCGUGCGUCAUUGCUGGCGGCCAGCUACGUGGACCAAAUGCAGGAGCUGGUACUGGACCUGCUGUCACGCGUGUGUGGGACUCGUGCUGCAGCAGGAGCGGUGGGAGGAGGCGGGCCGCAGAGGUUUGGUCGCCUCCUGGGCCGUCUCACGGAGCUUCGGACCCUGCGUCACGACUACCUCCUUCUGACCCGACAGAACCGUGGACCCUGAUGGAGGAGCGCCACCGUGUGGCCACCGAUGUGCACUACAGCACACGCAACGUCACUAACUGCACUGAGGGCACACGUCAUGUUACUUUUCGGGACUGAAAGCAGAAUGAGUCACUGUUUUAAAAAUAUUGUCUUUCCUCUAAUAGUGGCCUCCGCUCUAAUAGGACGUCAUGUAUUACGAAUAAAUGCCUUACCCCAAGGGGGUGCCACAAAAAAAAAAAAAAUUGCUACCACUACAUGACAGUAAUAUACAAUUCAAUACCACACAAGCUAAUAUACUAGUAAAUAAUAAUAAAGGCCUCCUCCCAAAUAGACGCCUGGCACUUGCUGCUAUAUUUUUAAUACAACAAAAAUCACUAUAAAAUUGAUAUCUUCUCAGUAUUUUAUUACAAUUUCAAGCCAAUUUAAUCAAUGAUAUAAAAGUUCAAGUUAAAAAAAAUGCAAUGAUAUAGAUGACCUGAAUAUUUUACAUUAAUCGUAAAAUGUAAUUAGAUUUUUUUUACUUUUUAAAUUAAAAAUAAAUUUAAAAAUAAGAAAAAUACAUUAUCAACAUUUUACAACAAUUGUUGAAUUUCGUUUUCUUUCUUAAAAUAAUGUAAUUACAAUCCAAAUAUGCAUCCUGUAUAUUAGGUUUGCUUUAUUCAAUUAUUCAGUAAAUGAAUUAUUAAAAUUAAAUUGGAAUUGACGAACUCCUUAAUAAUAUGGCAAUGUUUGACAUAUACAACUAUUAUAAUUGGUCAUCUUGAGUGUUCUAAAAGGACACUGAAUGGGACAUCAGUGUCAACUAACUAAAUCCUGUAAAAAGUAAACGUAUGCAGUUUAAACCGAUACACUUCAACACAAAUACAUAAACUAUAACAUCAAAAAAAUAAUUCAAAUGCAAAACCUUGCCAAAAUGGCAAAUGAAUACAUUUCAAUAUCAAUUAAAAGCCAUAUUGUUUGACGUUUCCAUUAAUACUUUAAAACCCCUAAUGUUUAUGGAAAUGCCUUUUUAAGUGUGCAUAGUAAUAGUACAGUAUAGGGAUGCUCCGAUCGGGGUUUUAUGCUGCCAAUACUGAUACCGAUCAUUCAUGAGUGAAAUCGGCCGAUACAGCUACUGGAACCGAGCACGUGUACAUUUUUAAAUGAACGAUUGGCCAUAUCAGGGGUCACCAACGUUUUUCCUUGAGAGCUACUUUUACAGAAUGAAAAUGGCCAAGAGCUACUCAUUUUUGUAACCUUUAUUUUCAGAGCUUAUUUUAAACCCAAACAAAGCGAAUAUGCUUGUUUUACCAGAACAUUAACAAAAUGCUGGUGUCCACAACUCACAUUUUGUAUUUCAGAAUUCAUUUCUUUCUACUGUUCUUUCAUUAUUAACUGAAAACCUGAAUGAAAAGCAGGCUUGCGGGCACCUCAUGUGUUGUCAGAGGCUCCCUGGGAGGCCCCGCGGGCACCAUGCACGUUGGUGACCCCUGUGCUAUAUGAUAUGAAAGGGGAGCCAUCACAUUUAGACAAAAACAUAUUUGACUUCCUUUUUCUACAUCACUGGUGAAACUUAAGAGGAUCAGGCGCCUUCUUUAAGGAGAGUUUGGAUGCCAGAUCAGCAUUGUGCUCGAGCAGGACCAACACCCUCACCACACCCUGCCAAGUGCCCGCCCCCCCAAAUGCCACGCAACGCCCGGCAAAUGCCCGGAUAGACAUUUUAGGGCAUGUUUUGCAGGGUGCUUAUAUUUAUAUCACUCUCACGACGUCCCACGAAGUCCCACGGCAGCCAUGCUUGUUUUGGCUUUGUGAAGGGAGAGUGGCUGGGAGACAGUCGCUAUAGGCUGGAUGCUGCAAUGGGGGCGCAGCUGAUUGGCGGAUAUGAUCGGUCUUAUAAAGCAAGUACAGGUAUAGGCAUAUGCCGAUACCGUGCUUUUUUCACGGAAAUCAGCUGAUACUGAUCGGUGGCCGAUAUAUCAGAGCACCCCUACUAUAGUAGCGUUGGACUCGGAGUAUUACUUUUUUUUUUCCAGUAAUGGAAUUUUUAAAAAAAUGACUUUUUUUUUUUUUUUACCCGGGUAAGAAGAGAGCUCAUAAAGACUCACCGUUUUACCUCUAAACAUCGCAAUACUGCUCACGACCACUAGACGGUGUAGUUGAAUCAGAACCUUGGCUUGCACAUUCAUAGGGAGACUAUGGAUACGUUCACACUGCAGGGUAUUAUGCACAAUUCGGAUUUUUUGUUUAAAUCAGAUUUUUUAUGUGGUCGUUCACAUGACCAACAAAUGCGACAUGUUAAUAUGAGCGUCUGGAAAGCAACGCGCAUGCUCAAAAGAUCAUCGCUGGCAUUUCCGUGUGUUUACGGAAGCAGAGAUUCCUGCAGUGUGUGCUCGAGUGAUGUGCGAUACUAAUGAUUUCAUUUCCGAGCAGAUACUGGGUAAAAAUUUAGGCUGGUAUCGGCGAUACCGAUCUGACUCUCUGUGCAAAUUCACCUUGUCUGAUAAAUUUUAAAAAGCUCUUAAGUAUACUGAGGUAGUGGGGUGAUUUAUAAUAUAGUCAAGCUAAUAUACGACAUCAGGAAAAACUAAGGACCCAAUCAUAGAGAUGUAUCAAAAGUAUCGCUAUUUUUAUUCCAGAAUCGACUUUAGAGCACGAAGGAGCUGGUAUCUAAAGGCCCGGUCA